AUGGAAGCUUUUGAUAGCUAUCAAACUCCUUUAACCAGUCGGUAUGCAAGCAAGGAAAUGGUUCACUUGUUCUCUCCUGCUAUGCGCUUCCAUACUUGGCGGACGUUAUGGCUGAACCUUGCCAUUGCCGAGAAGGAGUUGGGACUCAACAUAUCUGACGAGGCAAUUGCGCAGAUGAAUCAGAAUCUGCAUCUGGACAAGGAACAGUUUGAUGUUGCCGCGAAAGAAGAGAAGAAGCGGAGACAUGACGUUAUGGCACAUGUGCAUACGUUUGGGACAGUUGCACCUGCUGCUGCAGGCAUAAUCCAUCUGGGAGCAACUUCUUGCUAUGUUACCGAUAACGCAGACCUCAUCUUCCUGCGAGAAGCCCUUACUCUCAUUCUCGCCAAAUUGGUAGUCGUCAUUGACCGUCUUUCGAAUUUCGCAAGGCAGUAUCGGGAUUUACCUACGCUUGGAUUCACACAUUUCCAGCCUGCACAGUUAACGACCGUGGGGAAGAGGUGUACACUUUGGAUUCAGGAAUUACUUUGGGAUCUGAGGAAUAUUAAACGAGCAAGAGACGACCUCGGCUUUAGAGGUGUCAAGGGCACAACGGGUACUCAAGCUAGCUUCCUCGCGCUCUUUGAUGGGGACCACGCAAAGGUUGAAGCUCUGGACAAACGCGUCACGGAGCUGUCAGGCUUCAGCUACGCCUAUCCCGUAACAUCGCAAACGUAUUCUCGGAAAAUCGAUAUUGACGUUCUCGCACCUCUUGCAUCAUUCGGCGCCACUGCGCACAAAAUAGCUACUGACAUUCGUUUGUUGGCUAACCUCAAGGAAGUCGAGGAACCGUUUGAGGUUGAUCAGAUUGGUAGCUCCGCGAUGGCGUACAAGCGCAACCCCAUGCGCAGCGAACGAAUCUGUUCUCUGUCAAGACAUUUGAUGGUGCUGCAUCAAAAUGCGUUGAUGACCUCUAGUGUGCAGUGGUUUGAACGAACCCUGGAUGAUAGUGCGAACCGACGGAUUACUCUGCCGGAGUCGUUCCUGACGGCGGACACUGUGUUGUUGACGUUACAAAACGUCUCGGAGGGGCUUGUGGUGUAUCCGAAAGUGAUCGCGCGACGGAUCAGCCAAGAGCUUCCAUUCAUGGCUACGGAAAAUAUCAUCAUGGCUGUGGUGAAGAAUGGUGGCGAUCGCCAGGAGGCGCACGAGAGAAUCAGGGUGCUUUCGCAUCAGGCGGCACGAGUGGUGAAAGAGGAGGGUGGGGAGAAUGAUCUGAUUGAGAGAGUGAAGCGCGACGCGUACUUUGACGGGAUCAAGGGCCAACUGGAUGCUCUGCUCGACCCGCGGAGCUUUGUAGGCCGGGCACCGGAGCAGGUGGAUCAGUUCCUGAAGGAUUGGGUGGAACCUGCGCUUGCCGAUGAGGAGUUCAAAAAAUACGUCCAGGGAGCCACGAAAGCGGAACUUCUUGUGUAG